CCGAUUUCAUUCUCGUAGGCACGGCUGUUGUUGCACCUGUACCAGUCUCCGCUCUGGUUCUUCCCUACACACAGGAAGCAGCCUCACACAGAGGUAGCCCGACUCCAGACUACUUUUGUAACAGAUCUUACAGGAUGAACAAUGACUACACAGAGAUUAGUCCCUCUGAUCCCUCUGUCGACGCCUACACCACUCCCCUGAUCGCCGUGAAGGCCGAGAUCGGCUACCAGCACAAGAAGCGUCGUUACGUCCGCAAAGAUGGCAACUGCAAUGUCCUCUUCCGCCAUGUUCCUGAGGAGUGGCUCAUGUACGUCACCGACAUCUUCACUACGCUGGUGGAGAUAAGGUGGAGAGUUAUGUUCCUCAUCUUCACCCUCUCUUACACCCUCUCCUGGCUCUUCUUCGGCAUCCUCUACUGGUUGAUCGCCCUGGCUAACGGCGACAUCAAGGACCCUACUAACGCCCCUUGUAUGUACGAGGUGAGGGACUUCACCACGGCUUUCCUAUUCUCACUGGAGACCCAGACCACAAUCGGUUAUGGUUUUAGAGGGAUGUCAGAGAACUGCAUGGUGGCGAUCAUUGUCGUAACCGUGCAGGAUGUCAUCAGCUGUUUUAUUGAUACAUUCGUCAUCGGUAUCGCUGUGGCAGAGAUGGCAUCGACACGGAAACUGACGCAAACAGUAGGCUUCAGCAACUGCGCUGUCAUCAACUUGCGAAAUGGGCGUUUGUGCCUGUCAUGGAGGAUCGGAGACUUCCGCCAACACCACAUGGUGGAGGGGAUGGCUCGUGCUCAAAUCUUCCGCCCCACCAUGCACGCCACUGGGAGGGUGGACAUCAACUACAAGGACCUGGAAAUCAAACAGAGUGAUAUCCUUUUAGCCAUACCAACCACCAUCUUCCACAUUAUUGAGCCCGGUACUCCACUCUACCGCAUGAGCCUGGAGGAUCUUCGGAAAGACGACUUUGAGCUGGUGGUGUCCUUCACCUACACAGACGACUCGACGGGCAUCCUGCACCAGACUCGCACCUCCUACACACCCGACGAGAUUCACUGGGGACAUCUGUUCCAAGAUAUGCUGAAUGUAAACCUGAAAUACUACAAGGUAGACUACUCCAUGUUCCACCACACUGCUAAGGUCCUGAUUCCGGAGGUCAGCGCAGAAGAGUACGAUCAAAUUAAGCUUCGGCGUUCCCCACGCCACUCCCCGCGCCAGUCCCCGCGCCACACUCCAAGCCACUCCCCACGCCACUCCCCGUGCCCCAAGCGCCCAAGCAUUAAUUGCAAUCCCCCGAUGGUGACUGUGGAACUGGUAAACGGCACCACAGAAGCUGAGGUACAUGCAGCCAUGGCUGCUACUAUCACAGCAGUUUGCGAGGACCAAGGACAUUUGUGUCUUCCAAGGAACCCCAUUCUGACGUAGAUGUUCUGCUGACAUGGCAAUACCAACACAAUUUCAUUGUAACUGGCGAAUGGUCAUUCAGAAACAUGGCCAUUGCAGUCUGCCUUUACUAUUGUCCAGGUUCUGAAGUUGCUUUUACAUGCCGAAAAGACAAAGUUGAUUGUUUUCACGAAAUCUAAGAUGAAACCUCAGAUUCUUACACGUACAGUCAAUGUGCAGGACAAACAAAUAGAAAGACUAGCAACUAAGAGGUAUUUUGGUUUAUUGAUAGAUGAGUGUCUCACCUUUAAGUAUCGUAAGUCUUGCGAAAAAGUUUUUUAUUUUCGUAUUAAGUCAUGUUUUUCAUUAGAAGCGAGAAAGAUGCUUGUUUCCACUACUUUCUUACCUGUAAUUGAUUCUGGUGAUAUCCUGUACAUGUAUGCCCCUGUGAUUUCAUUGAAUAUGCUGGGCUGGGUACCACGGAGCACUGAAGUUUGUUACUAACUCCAAAGCCCUCACUCAUCACUGUACUCUCUACAUGAGAGUGGGCUGGUCUUCCUUAGCUCUUCGGAGAUGAAGUCAUUGGUACGUUUUUAUUUAUAAGGCCGUAUUGAGUCAGCUCUCGUUUGACUCGCGUAACUACAAUGUUCAGCAGACAAAUGAAAACUAUCGCAUGCGCUCACAUGACUGGGUUUUGUUGAUUGUGCCAAAGGCCCGUACAGAGAUAGGUGAAAACACUUUCCAAAUCUCUGCUCCUUCCGCUUGGAACAAGCUUCGAAAGGCCCUGAAAUCACAGGAACUCAUCCCUUAAAAUUAGUUUAAAGCUCGGUUAAAUUCUAGAAUGGAAUAUGAGUUU